GGUAAUUAUCUGCAAUACUAUCAUUUACCACUGCCAUUACUCUAUAUACAUUCUCAGUGACUGCACUUGGCUGACUGUUUUUCUUGUUAAAAUUUAACUACUGGCUCGUGAAUUUAAUCGAUACAAUAUUGUCUUGGCUAUAUUAAGCUUACAGGUGUUAUUGUAGAAGCGGUGAAGUAACCAUGCGACCGGGAGAACCCAUAGAGUUUCCCAUAGAGGAGGAGUACAAGAAGAGUCAUGGAGUGACGGCGGAAGAUGUGACGUUGCUGAGAAGGUGGCUGCAGACCCAACCACAUCUACCCGAACAAUACAUAACAGAUCUAGACCUGGUGCUGGCGUACCACAGCUGCAACAGGAGCACAGAAGUCACCAAGCAGCUGAUCGACCUGAACUACACCCUACGAACCAGCAUCACCGACUACUUCCAGGCGCGGAAUGACGAUGGCGAUCUGCAGAGGAUACUGAAUAAUUUUUUAAUACUACCACUGCCAGCGCGCUCCAACGAUGGUAACGCGAUCCUUUAUUCGCAGCUCAUCAACACUGACGUCACCGCAUUUAGCUGCACGGACCUCGUCAAAGGUCUGCUGUUGAUCCUGGAUGUUUGGCAGUAUGAGGAAGGUACCUGGCCGGGGCUGGAGCUGGUCGUCAACUUCUCUAACUACUCGCUCGGCCACAUCGCGAGGAUAGACAUACGCAACAUCCAACUGUUUGCUUGCUAUUUCCAGGAAGCUAUACCAUUGCAACUAAAACGGAUUCACCUGAUAAGUGCUCCCUCAUACAUCGAUAAGCUGCUGGCGCUUGCUAAGCCGUUUCUCAGCAACCAGCUCCGGGACAAUCUACACGUUUACAAAGAUGGAGUAACUGCUCUUGAAAAAUUCAUGCCUGCCCACAUAUUUCCUAAAGAUGUUGGCGGAGACUACGAGACUGUCAAUGAAUGUAAAGAUGACGUGUUGAAGAAAUUGCAAGCGAGCGCGUCAUUCUUCGCGGCAGAAAGCAAGAAGCGCGUAUCUGAGGAGCUGCGGCCGGUCGAGCAGCGCCGGGGCCGAGAGCACGAGCAUCUUGCAUACGGCUCUUUUAAGAAACUUGACAUCGACUGACGCAGAGCCGGGGCCAAGUACUGGAGCAUCUGGCAGAGAGCUCCUUUAAGACUCUGGACAUUGACUGACACAUUGCUUACUUCUGACCUACUGCUCUAACACUGCGGCUGAACGAGCAGCGCCGGGGCGAGUACUCGAUCAUCUUGCAGACGGUUCCUUUAAGAGACUGGACAUUGACUAACACACACUACUCACUUCUGACCUACUGUUCUCAAGCUGCAGCUGCGGCCGAACGAGCAGCGCUGGGUCGAGUACUCGAGCUUCUCGCAGACGACUCCUUCAAGAGACUGGACAUAGACGGACAAACUGCUUAGUUCUGACCUACUGUUCUUACGCUGCAGCUGUAGUCGAACGUGCAGCGCCGGGUCAAGUACUCGAGCUUCUCGCAGACAAUUCCUUCAAGAGACUGGACAUAGACGGACAAACUGCUUAGUUCUGACCUACUGUUCUUACGUUGCAGCUGUAGUCGAACAUACAGCGCCGGGUCGAGUACUCGAGCAUCUAGCAGAUGGCUCCUUUAAGAGACUGGACAUAGACGGACACAUUGCUCAGUUCUGACCAACUGUUCUUACACUGCAGCUGCGGUCGAACGAGCAGCGCCUGGUCUAGUACUCGAGCAUCGAGAUUUGAGCAGACGGCUCCUUCAAAAGACUAAACACAGAUGACACACUGCUCAGACUGACUUAUGCUUACAAUCUAUAAAAAUAUUAUUUAAAUCAUAUUAAGUCACUUUUUUUAUUAUAAAUAAUGGUUUAUGUAAUAAAUAACCUUACCUAAUAA